CUUACUGCCAAGAUUAUUAUUAGCACGCGGAAAUUCAAAGAGGGGAGAGUGGCUAUUAGGGCACAGGAGACUAGUAGAAUAAGUGUGAUUAAAGACCAAAAAAAUAUCAACAUUCUGGCCUUGGCCAAACAACGCAAAGACCAACAAUCCAAGGCUGAGCUGGAUACGAACAAAAAGGGGCGACUCGAAAUUCUAGGCAUUAGUAUCGCCGCAAGGAGCGGCCCCCUUCCACCUUUGCUUUCUGGACAAAGCAAUUGGUACUAAUUCAAGGCUCAUCCCGGCGACACAAUGUCUUUAAAGCAGGAGAUAGAAUCGUGGGUGUCGGCCCUGAGUCGAUAUGACAACAAUGAAUUCGAAGAGGCGCUGAAGGAAUUCGACAACAUCUCGGAUACGUCCAAGAUUCUGUUUAACAUGGGUGUUAUACAUGCGACGCUAGGAGAGCACGAGAAAGCUGUCGAAUGCUACCAGAGGGCGAUCCGGCUAGAUCAAUAUCUUGCCGUGGCUUAUUUCCAGCAGGGUGUAUCUAACUUCCUGCUCGGCGACUUCGAAGAGGCGUUGGCGAAUUUCAACGAUACCCUGCUAUAUCUCCGAGGCAAUACGAUGAUCGACUACGCGCAACUGGGUCUGCUGUUCAAACUGUACUCUUGCGAGGUGCUGUUCAACCGAGGUCUCUGCUAUAUCUACUUGCAACAGAAGGACGCGGGUUUGCAGGAUCUGAAUUUCGCGGUGAAGGAGAAGGUUGUCGAGGACCACAAUGUUAUCGACGAGGCUAUUAGGGAAGAGGCCGAGGGCUAUACUGUAUUCUCCAUCCCCGUGGGAGUUGUAUACCGGCCCAACGAGGCCAAGGUGCGAAACUUAAAGACGAAGGACUACCUAGGAAAAGCCCGUCUAGUCGCCGCCUCCGACAGGGCGAACGCAUUCACGGGCUUCGCCGGAUCAGAGAUCAAGAACGCCGGAAGGGCAGUCGAGAAGGACGACCGUCCGGCAGAUAACAUCUCGUUCGCGGCGACGAACCUCGUCAAACCAGGCCUGCAGAGCAAGCGACAACAGUCGGAACCACCCGCCGGCCGCAACGCAUUCCCUCCCACGCCGCCGCCCGAGAACGACAAGCCCGCGGCCGUGACCCGCGCCGCUUCCGUCCGCAACGGCCCGAAGCCGAUGCCCGCUCGACUCAACAUCCCCGAGCCGUCCAAGAGCAACCGCUACGACAAGAUGAACUCCCCGCGCAGCGAGCGCAAGGCGCCGUCCAGGUCCGCGUCGGAGAUGAGGUCGCCGCCGCGCAGCUUCUCGCGCGCGGAGCAGCCCCGGAUGCGGCGCUCGAGGAACGAGGACGACGGAUACCCGGAAGAUGUGUACGACAUGUACGGGGGCGGCAGCGGGGGCGGGGGCGGAGGCGGUAGCAGUGUAGGCCGGGGCCAGAGCCGGCGGAAUCCGCGGUACAUCGAGGAGGAGGAGGAAGCCAGCGACUACGACUCGUUCGACGAGGGGGAAUUCGAAAUGGUGACGAGCCGACGGCCGGGCACGUCCGUGGCGGGGGGGUCCUCGCGCGGCGGCUCGAGACGGCCUGAGAUCCGCAAGGUGCGCAUAAAGGUGCACGCGGAAGACGUGCGGUACGUCAUGGUCAGCACGACGAUCGAGUUCUCGGAGCUGGUGGACCGGAUCCGGGAUAAGUUUGGCCUGCGCCGGCGCUUCAAGCUCAAGGUGCGCGACGAGGAUGUGCCGCAGUCGACGGAUAUGAUUACCAUGGGCGACCAGGACGAUCUGGACGUCGCCAUGAUAGGUGUUAAGCAGAUGGCGCGGAAGCAGAGGUUGGAUAUUGGCAAGUUGGAGAUAUGGGUCCAAGAGAUCUAGACGUUUUUCUUUCCUUUCGUGUGCGGCAUUACGAUUACAAACGAUACCCAGCAUUGCGAUCUGAAUCUGAACUUCAUACGAUGUAACGAAGAGACUAUCAUCUUAGCUUCGGCUCGUCUCGGCAUUUUUAUCACUAUAUACUACUACUACUACUAUCUAUUACUACCGAUCUUUACUCUUCCAUUUUAUUACCCAAUCCCCAACCCCCUACCCCUUUU